AGGAGCCGGGCGGACGUGGUUCUGUUCGUUUUACCGCGAAGUAUGGGGCACCCUUAGAGGUAGUUUCGGGUUAUGCUUCUCGUCCCAGUGUCGUUGUUAAUAAAGCUCCUUUUCGCGGCCAGAUUUCAGGUGGGUGGGGAUAAAUGACAGUUCUAGACGUUUUGGUUUGAGAUAAGAAGAAAGGAGGAAGGAGGUGAGAAGGUACCGGGCCAUUCUCUGUUAGUCCCGCGCUCAACUUCCGCUAGUCCAAAAAAAAAAAAAUCACCAUUUUGAACCAGUUGACCUAUGUGGGCAUCUGUGGUUGCAUCUUUCCCCUUUUAACAACGGCUGUGCAAACCAUACUGCAUAAAGACUUAUUUUUGAGCAUGUCCGGUUAAGAGUGAGAUAUUAAAUAGUCCUUCCUGACUAUUUAAGCCAUCAAGAAGAAAAAUGUCUGUGACAUUGCAUACAGAUGUAGGUGAUAUUAAAAUAGAAAUCUUCUGUGAGAGAACACCCAAGACAUGUAGGAAUUUCUUGGCUCUUUGUGCCAGUAAUUACUACAAUGGAUGUAUAUUUCAUAGAAAUAUCAAAGGAUUCAUGGUUCAAACAGGAGAUCCAACAGGUACUGGAAGAGGAGGUAGCAGUAUCUGGAGCAAGAAGUUUGAGGAUGAAUAUAGUGAAUAUCUUAAGCACAACGUUAGAGGUGUUGUAUCUAUGACUAAUAAUGGCCCCAACACCAAUGGAUCUCAGUUCUUCAUCCCCUAUGGCAAGCAGCCACAUUUGGACAUGAAAUACACAGUAUUUGGAAAGGUAAUAGAUGGUCUGGAAACUCUAGAUGAAUUGGAGAAGUUACCAAUAAAUGAGAAGACCUAUCGACCUCUUAAUGAUGUGCACCUUAGGGACAUAACUAUUCAUGCCAAUCCAUUUGCUCAGUAA